UAUGGAUCAUUAUCAUCGCAAAAAGUAGCCGGAAUCAAUGGGCUUCGAUGCUUACCCAAGCGAUUCAUCUAUUGUUAUGCUGCGGCGACGUCCAACUCCAUCUUGGAUUUCAAUUCGUUGAAAUCAUCACUUUUACCUUCGACGACCCAUUUCGCAGGACAGAGGAGGACCAUGUUUAUUCAAACACAAGCAACCCCUAAUCCAUUGUCACUGAUGUUCUUUCCUGGGAAGCCUGUCAUGGAAGGUGGCAGUGCUGAUUUUCCUAAUGCUCGUGCAGCCAUGAAUUCUCCUCUCGCAAAGGCUUUAUUUGGAAUUGAUGGGAUUACACGAGUCUUCUUCGGUUCUGACUUUGUAACUGUGACAAAGUCGGAGGAUGCUUCUUGGGAAUUUUUAAAGCCUGAAAUAUUUGCAGCAAUCAUGGACUUUUCUACGUCUGGGAAGCCACUAAUCAUGGAUUCAAAUAGUUUGGAUUCCACGGACACAGCUAUCCAUGAAGAUGAUUCAGAAACUGUAGCGAUGAUCAAAGAACUUUUGGAGACCCGUAUUCGACCAGCAGUACAAGACGAUGGUGGUGAUAUUGAGUACAGAGGAUUUGUUCCAGAAACUGGAAUAGUCAGACUAAAAAUGCAAGGUGCAUGCAGUGGUUGCCCUAGCUCAUCUGUCACUCUGAAGUCUGGCAUCGAAAACAUGCUGAUGCACUAUGUUCCAGAAGUCAAAGGUGUGGAACAGGAACUUGAUACUGAAGAUGAAGAUCCUGCACUGACUGGAGCAGCUUAUGAGUAGUUGAAGUGCUAGAAAUUAGGUAACAAGUGCAGAAGAUUUCUUGUAUCUAGCAGUUGUAUGUGCCAAUUUUUGCCUAGAUAGUGUGAGGAUUAAAGUCAUUUUCUUGAUUUCCCAUCAACAUGACUUUUAUAUCUUCUUCUUGGAAAUAUCACCAUUGCUUUAUCUUGCUUGUCUGA